AAGCCCUGGCUCCGAAGCUGGAUCUGGAAAAUAUACGCAAUGCGGGUAACACUGCUACACUUUCCUGCUAAUGUUCCAUAGGGCAUCAAAUCCUCGAACAUGUUGUCGCCUCUAGCUUCCUCAGGCCUUACCUUACAUAGCACACGCCUCCAUCAGCAAGCAGGUUGUCGACCACAGCUGUUUCGAUGCCGUUACGCUGUAUUUAGUAAAGAGCAAAGACGAGCAGUUAGGCAACCACAUUCAUUUGAUGGGAGCUCACACCCGCAAGAGGCCUCCAGCAAUGCGGAUGCUAAGGCCGACGUUAUAAAGAGAUAUAAUGUCAUGAUGGUCCUGGUUGCACGGUUGCUGGCAUUACCAGACAAAACACAGUUACACAGUUUCCUACGCGCCAAGCCGGAAGCAAUCUCGGUGCCUUUCCUAUCUUGGGUAGCUGAACAGGAGGCAAGCGCAGUAGGGGAACAAAAACGGGUCUUGGAGGGGAUUUGCGAGGAGCUAGUGACGUUCCGCGAGCAGCUUGAGGAUGAGCGGUUAGACGCGCUGUACACCUCCACCCUCUCAGCCCUCACAGCCGGCGAGGCGGACCCCGGCUCCGCAGCCCUGGCGCUAGCGGCCCGCCCCGAGCAGUACGCCGUACGGCUGGCCGAGCAGCUGACGGGCAGCCCGGUGCGUACGGAGGGGUACGACCGAGUGUACGAUGUGCUGCUGAAGGUGGCGCCGCCGGCAGCACUGACGCUGGAGGGCGUGAGGAAGGGACAUGAGAUGGCCCGGGAGCUAGCCACGGAUCUGCGUGCCCGCCGCAAGCGCUCCGUGCAGUCCAUGAUCGGCCGCGCACAGCUGACCGCCGAGCAGGCGGACAGGCUGAUGGCCGGCACGAAUGCGUCCCGCAUCCUGGACAUGCUGCUGGCGCUGCCAUCCACAGCGGACCGCCUCGCCUGCCUCCCCGACUGCUUCACUCCGCCGCCACUGGCAGAGGAGGAUCCAUCAGACAGCAUCGCCGCCCUCCGACCUGACGACACCGACGGGGCCGGUGGUGACGCCCCAUCCCCGCCCUCGCCCUCGCCCUCGCCCGACACCUCAGCCCCCUCUGGCAACGAUUCG